AUGUCCUCAAGAUUCCCCUCCUCCACUCACCCCCGCGACGCCCGCUCCUCCCUCUUCAGCGCCUACGACUCCCGCAACCGCUCCCAAUCCCCCGCCGCCGGUCCCUCCACCAGUCGGCCAGCUUCGGGCGGCUACGGCUACGCACCUUACAACGGCGGCGCCAGCAGCAGUAGUCCCGCAUUCGGUGCGUACCCAGGCGGCGGCGGACCGAAUCAUGGGGGGACGUAUCGAGCAGCCACGCCAAAUUCGAGGGGCCAGUACAGCGAUGCCGUCCUCUCAGAGCUGGAGAAUCAGAACGAGGAGCAGUUGGAGGGGAUGAGUGCGAAGGUCAAGAUGUUGAAGAAUCUCACAGUAGCGAUAGGGGGCGAGAUACGCGACUCAACGGCGCUGGCGGAGAAGAUGAAUGAUUCUUUUGACAACACGAGAGUUCGGCUACGGGGUACCAUGAAUCGGAUGCUGCGGAUGGCCGAGCGGACGGGAGUCGGCUGGAAGGUCUGGCUCGGCUUCUUCGCGGCGGUCAUCGUACUUUUUUGGUAUGUGUGGUUGUUCUAG